AUGAAGAUCUCCAAUACAUUAACCCAGGCUCUGGGUCUUUUCCUGUCUUUUGGCAUGACAGCCGAGGGAAAAUCAUCACCAGGAAAGAAAUAUUCUCGAACCGACGCUUGCAAGCCUCACCACCCCUUUCGCCCGUUGCCAAUUAGUCAAGCUCGUACACGCACUUGCCAUGUCGCCAACCACGGCAAGGGAGUCGAUGAUUCGAAGAAUAUCCUGCAAGCACUGCACAAAUGUAAUAAUGGCGGCAAGGUUGUUUUCGACGAAGAUAAAACCUACACAGUUGGAACGGCGCUGGAUAUGACCUUCCUGAAGCAUGUGGAUCUCGAGGUUCUUGGUACAAUUCAAUUUACCAAUGACACAGACUACUGGCAAGAAAACGCUUUCAAGCAAAUCUAUCAAAACGCAACGACCUUCUUCCAGCUUGGCGGAGAAGACGUCAAUGUCUACGGCGGCGGAACUAUCGACGGUAACGGACAGGUCUGGUACGAUCUUUAUGCCGAAGAUGCGUUGAUUCUGCGCCCGAUUCUGGUGGGCGUUAUUGGGUUGCAGGGCGGCACUAUUGGGCCGCUUAAGCUGCGCUAUUCGCCGCAGUGGUAUCACUUCGUGGCUAAUUCGUCGAAUGUGCUUUUCGAGGGCAUUGAUAUUUCCGGAUUCAGUACGAGCAAGAAUACUGCGAAGAAUACAGAUGGAUGGGAUCUAUACCGCUCGUCGAAUAUUGUUAUUCAAGACUCGGUUAUUAACAAUGGAGAUGAUUGCGUUUCCUUUAAGCCCAACGCUACAGAUAUCCUCGUUCAAAACCUCCACUGCAAUGGCUCUCACGGUAUUUCCGUCGGUUCACUUGGCCAGUACCCAGGUGAAGUGGAUAUUGUGGAGAAUCUUCUCAUCUACAACAUUUCCAUGUUCAACGCAUCUGACGGCGCUCGCAUCAAGGUUUGGCCAGGCAUUUCCUCUGCCCUGUCGACCGACCUCCAAGGUGGAGGUGGCUCUGGCAGUGUGAAGAACGUUACCUAUGACACCAUGACCAUCGACAAUGUCGACUACGCCAUUGAGGUGACCCAGUGCUAUGGUCAGAAAAAUCUCACCCUGUGCAAUCAGUAUCCUUCCGAGUUGACCAUUUCCGAUAUUCUUUUCACGAACAUCAAGGGUACAACGUCGGGCAAGUAUGACCCUGAUGUUGGUACCGUUGUUUGCUCGAGCGAGACUGUUUGCUCUAAUAUCAAGGCUACGAACAUUGAUGUUCAGAGCCCCGAUGGUGAUGAUGAGUUUGUUUGCACGAAUGUUGAUGAUACAUUAUUGGAAGUUAACUGCGCUGCUUAG